GCCGAACACAACACAGCGCUCAUACUUACAGAGAAGAAACUCUGUUGUUAGUUUCCUUUCACAGUAUGGCUACAGUAGGAGUGGAUGUGAUUGAGACCGCAGCUCUAGGGAGAUGCUUCCAGCUUGGGAUGCUGUACGACUGCAGGAAAGAUGCUCUCAUCCCAGGAAUAACACUGUGGGAUCCAGAAAAGCUCCAACAGAGCAUACGAACCCGUCCCCAAAUAAACACAGAUUUCCAAGUCACCGCUUCCGACUCCAUUGAGGACAAAUCCAGCUUAAUGAACAUCGACGGUUCUCUGAAACUGAGUCUUUUAGGUGGACUGGUCAAUGUGACAGGAGCGGCCAGAUACCUCAACGACAUCAAGAAGUCUUUCAGACAGCGGAGACUGACUCUACAUUAUCACUCAACCUGCAGGUUUGAAGAACUGACCAUGAACCACUUCGCACCUGAAAAUAUCAUUAAUCAGGAUGUGUUUGAUAAUGACACAGCGACACACGUGGUGACCGCAGUGCUGUACGGAGCGGACGCCUGCUUCCUGUUUGACAGAGAAGUUUCAGCAGACGAGAACAAAAACACGGUAGAAGGAGAAGAAAAACUGGUUCUUGAGAAACUCCGAUUAAUUUCAGGAGAUGUAGACGCCAGUCUGAAGAUGGAUGAAGCUCAGAAGCAUGCAGUCGGGAAAUACACAUGCACGUUUUACGGAGACUUCCAGUUACAGUCAAACCCGACCUCGUUUGAAGAUGCUCUGAAGGUUUUCACCGAUCUUCCAAAACAUCUGGGAGAAAAGAAAGAGCUGGCGGUGCCUCUGAGAGUUUGGCUUUAUCCUCUGGACAAACUUCCCUCGAGAGCUUCAAAACUUCAGAGGGACGUCGGCAUGGAUCUAAUCAUAGCCAUAGAAUCAGUGUUCGAGAGUCUAAACACUGCUGGGAUGAGAUGCAGUGACCUUCUGAAAGACUCACCUGCUCUGACCUUCACUGCAUUUCACGAUAAAAUUCAGCAAAUGAAGCAAAACUGCUUUAAGUACAAACUGAAGCUCAUGAAGAGACUCGGCUCUCUGCUGCCAAACAUCCGAGGAGACCUACUGAAUGAAACGACUCUGGAUAAGCUUCUACAAGAACACGAGGAUUCUCCUUUCAGAAGAUCUGACCUUGCAGAAUGGCUGAAAGAGAGAGAGAGAGAGUCUGACGUCAUUAAAUCAGUCCUCCGACAGCUGGAGGAUGCCGGAGCACAAGCAGAAGUCGACGUAGAUCUGAUAUUAAUGGAUCUGGAAGUUGACAAUCUCGUGUGUUUCACGUUCACAUCACUGGACUGGACUGAUGUGCUGCUGCUUCAGCAAAACGCCUGGUUGAGUCCUUCAGCGCAGGGAAGAAACAACGAGGACCGCCCUGAUGCUAAGCAGAAGUCUUGGUUGAAUCCUGAGGUCCUGAAGACCAUGAGGAACAACUUGAAGACGUUUAAGAACUUGAUCGAUUCAGAGGACCGUAAACCAGCCAGGUUCAUCGUGUCCUGGAGAGAAAUGGAGAAUAAUCCAGGUUCCUGCGUUCUGCUGUAUGAAAGUGAAUGUGAUGAAGCGGUUUGCUUUAUUCCUCCGUCACAGCCAGUCAGUCCAGUCACAGAAGAGGUCACAGAAGAAGGUGUAGUUGUGAAGGUUCCUCCACCGUGUCCUGCUACAGAGGAGCUCAGGUUAAUGUAUAAACCGAAGCAUGUCUCUUUCUGGACAUCUAAACCAGUGAUGAAGGAUCAACACACAGUUACUCUGACUAAUCUGAGAGCAGGAACUAAAUAUGAGAUCAAAUAUGCAGCGGUGGGGAAACUGUACUACACCGUAUACAGUGACGUCUCUGAAGUUACCACAGAGGGAAGCAACGUUACGGUUAUUGAGGUAUCUUCUACAGGACGAGGUGAAGUGAACAGAAGUAGUCAGAAUUUGAAAGUACUGAAGAAUCCUGCUGUUCCCAUCAUCAAGAAGCUCAAGACAUCCAUGAUCGACCCACAGAGCAGCGCACAGAGCCAAUCGUCAGUGUCCUCAUCACAGACGUUUAAACUGAGACUGAAGGAGGAGUUUCAGUAUCUGGAUGAAAAUCCUGGAGAAAGACGAUUCCUGAGUGAUGUCUUUAUUGAACAACACAUCACAGAAGACCCUGAUUCUCACAUCAGCGAUGACCGACACAUCAUGCGCAACGACGUGUUUAAAGGCCAGCACAUCAGGAGCGUUUUGCUGAAGGGCGAUCCUGGCACAGGAAAAACUGUGACUGUCCAGAAGUUCAUCCUGGACUGGGCUGAAGAUAAAUCAAACACUGAUAUCGAUUAUAUAUUCCCCAUAUCUUUUCAGAAGCUGAACAUCAUUAGAGAAACGGUGAAGAAGUGUAGCUUCAUGGAGAUUCUGCAGCGGUGCUUAGAAAACACCGAACAUCUGAAGCUCAGUGACUCUGAGAGGAUCAUGCUGAUAUUCGAUGGCCUCGAUGAGUUUAAACUUCCUCUAGAUUUCAAAACCGCUAAGAAGAUCACAGAUAAACAUGAGCCGGACUCAGUCUCUGGUUUACUGGUAAACCUCAUCAUGGGAAAUCUGCUUCCAAACGCUCAGAUCUGGAUCACCAGCAGACCAGCAGCAGCCAAUCAGAUCCCCGAUCGAUUUAUUGAUCGUGUGACAGAGAUCCAAGGCUUUGAUGAUCAACAGAAAGAGGAGUUUUUCAGAAAGCGCAUCAGUGAUCAGAGAAUGAGUGAUAAAGUCAUCUAUCACAUCCAGAAAUCACCUCGCAUCAGAAGCAUGUGUUAUUUACCGGAUUACUGCAGAAUCAUCGCAGCGAUCCCGGAGAAGAUGUUCAGUGAUUUCCCCAAGACUCUCACUCAGAUGUACAGCAGACUCCUGUUAGCUCAGACUGAACUGAUUCCAGAGAGAAGAGACGCCGUCGUAGCUCUGGGGAGGAUAGCGUUUCAUCUGCUGCUGAACGCAAACGCUCUCUUCUGUUGUGAACACUUGAAGAAAUGUGGCAUUAGAGAUGAAGGUGCUCUGAUACGCUCAGCGAUCAUAAAGAAGAUUGAAGACCAAAGCAAGUGUGUGUUGCUCUGUUUUGUGGAUCGCAGAACACAAGAGUUUCUGGCAGCUUUAUACGCAACUGAAGUCCUUAAUGGGAAAAAUGAUCUCCAGCUCAAAGAUCUGUCCAGUGUAGGACUUAACUAUGGAGAGAUUUGCUUCACACAUAGCCAUUACUGUGACUAUUUCUCAGAAGUGAUGAGAAAAGCUUUAGAAAGACAGAUGGAUCUUUUUUUCUGCUUUUGUCUGGGUUUGACGCUGGACUCCAGUCAAAAAGCUUUAAAAGUCCUCCUGAAACAGAGAGAAACCAGUUCUUCAUCCAGUCAACAGGCAGUUCAAAAGAUUAAAACAAUGAUCAUGGGGUCUUCUCCAGAAAACACAGACAGAUGCAGUCUUCUGUUUGACGCUUUGAAAGAGCUGGAUGAACAAUGUUUAAUCCAGGAAAUAAAAACACAGCUGAAAUCUGGACUCAAACCCUCUCCUGCUCAGAUUUCAGCUUUGAUGAAUUUAGAAAAGUGAUUUUAAUUCAUAUUGAUCGGAGGAUCUGAGGGCUAUGACGAAGGGGAAUCAAGGAUUGAGUGAUUCAUACAGCAUUCAUUUGAAGCCCAGAUCAUUUAACCUUGAUUUUAUAAAUAAUAACUUGUUGUUCAGUGAGCACAUUUUUUCUCCCUCUACAGGAUGAAGUAGUCCUUAUAAACAUGAUUCCAACACUGUGUAACUUUUUCUGUGUUCAUAAUUCAUCUACCAAAAACUGCCUUUUUGUCUUGUCCCAAAUCACUAAUGUAUAUUUUAAAAGUGAUUAUUUUCGGACUUUUGUAGCCUGUUCGCUGCGGAGGAACACAUACCUGCAUGAAUCGCCAUAGACACAAACUUGGAGAAGUAGAUCCGGUUAGAAUGUUCCUCCGCUGGAUGCGUGCAGGUCUGUUUAUUAACCGCAUGAGCGCCAAAUGUAUACUUUUAGAUCACAUGUCGAGAGUGAGACUGUCAUUAAAUCAAUCAGCUGAGAUUAUAUAUGCAAAACUCAGUGUGAUUAGAUUAAUAACCCGCUUGUGAACUUUUACAGAUUUUAGAUUUUUGCUUUAAAAUGUGACCUGAACUUGUGUGUUAAAUAUCUAAGUGUACUUUUUUAUUUUGUGUGCAACAAGAUAAACUACAAAAGAGAUAACAAAAUAUGUCAAUAUUAUUUUGAUAUACUGAAUAAAAGCAUAUGUUUAACAAAUGCA